AUGUCGCUCCGUCUCCCCCUCCGCCAGCUUGCCGCCAAGCGCGUGUCGCUCAAGGCGCUCGCCGCCCGCUUCGCCUCGUCGGAGGCGACCGCUCCUGCCGAACUCGCGAUGACAUCUUCUUUCGCACCCUACCAAUGGGAGGACCCUCUCAAGGUGGAGAGCACGAUGCUGAGCGAGGAGGAGGUUUCCAUCAUGGAGAUGGCGCGCAGCUACUGCCAGGAGAAGCUUGCUCCCCGAGUGACGGAGGCCUACCGCAACGAGAACUUCGACCGGUCUAUUCUCUCCGAGAUGGGUGAACUCGGUCUCCUCGGUCCUACCAUCGACGGCUACGGCUGUGCCGGCGUCUCUUCGGUCGCGUACGGCUUGGUCGCCCGCGAAGUCGAGCGUAUCGACUCCGGCUACCGGUCUGCGAUGAGUGUCCAGAGCUCGCUCGUCAUGCACCCUAUCAACGCCUUCGGCUCGAAGCAGCUCAAGGAAAAGUACCUCCCUCGACUCGCAACGGGAGAACUCGUCGGCUGCUUCGGCUUGACCGAGCCUGAUCACGGUUCCGACCCGGCUGGCAUGACUACCGAAGCGCGCGAAGCUCCCGGCGGUGGCGGAUUCCUCAUCUCUGGCGCAAAGACCUGGAUCUCGAACGCACCUAUCGCCGAUGUAUUCGUUGUCUGGGCAAAGUGCCAGUGGGACGGCAAGAUCCGCGGUUUCGUGCUGGACAAGGGCAUGAAGGGUCUUUCGGCGCCCGCCAUCAAGAACAAAACGGCUUUGCGCGCUUCCAUCACCGGCUCGAUCUUCAUGGAUGAGGUCUCCGUACCGGCUGAGCAGAUGCUCGACGUCCAGGGUCUCAAGGGCCCCUUCUCCUGCCUCAACAACGCCCGCUUCGGUAUCAGCUUCGGUGCGGUCGGUGCGCUGGAAGAGGCCAUCCGCGUUACGAGGGAGUACGCUCUCGAGAGGAAGCAGUUCAAGAAGCCUCUCGCCGGCUUCCAGCUCGUCCAGCAAAAGUUGGCGAACGCGCACAUGGAGGCUGCGAUCGGUCUUGUCUCGUGCGUCCAGCUCGGCCGGUUGAAGGACAGCGGCAACUGGUCUCCCGAGAUGGUCUCGAUCAUGAAGCGCAACAACUGCCAGAAGGCGCUCGAUCACUCCCGCAUCCUCAUGGAGGUCUUCGGCGGCAACGCGGCGUCGGAUGAAUACCCUAUUGCGCGCAUCGCGUACAAUUUGCACACGGUCUCGACCUACGAGGGAACUCGCGACAUCCACGGACUCAUUCUGGGCAAGGCUAUCACCGGCAUCGCAGCGUUCGAGUAG